AUGCACAAGUACCACAAUGAAAUGAGUCAUGUCGGAACCGAGAAGACCGUCCGGAAUAUUUUGAACAGUUAUUGGUUCCCCGAGAUGAAGACGAAAGUCGAGAGGCAUGUCAAGUGCGAUUAUUGUAGUUCUUUUGUUACAUCUAAGGAUGUAGCAAAAUCUACUGUAAAACUUGCUGUAAAACUUUUUACAAACUCGAUGGCAUCCACAAUGAGUUUCAAAAGUCAAAACAAAAAAAUUCCCUUUCAUAAAUUGAAGAUGUGGGAAGUCAUACAAGGUGCCUUAUUGAUCAAAUUUGAUGACACAGCACUUUCACAAGCAGAGGAAACCAUGAAAUCAUGGUUGGCUAAUGCCCCGUGGCGCAAACAAGAUAACGAAACGUAUGGAAAACGAACUAUGAAAACAAAAUAA